AUGGAGGAUUCGGACUCGGCCGCGAAGCAACUGGGCUUGGCUGAGGCGGCAGCGGUAGCUGCUGCCGCUGCAGUUGCUGCUGCGGCGGCAGCAGCUGCCGCAGCCGCCGACGGGUCGGAGCACCAGCAGCGUGUGGAGGCGAGUGGCUCGGGGGCGGAGCCACCAGAGGAAGAGGAGGUGACGGCCGUGACCGUAAUGGCGGCGGAUGCCGAACACAUCGAGAUGGGAGCCGAGUCCCUGCCGAGCAGCGACGACGCCACCGCGGCUGCCUUCGCAGAAGUGACUACAGUAACUGUAGCCAACGUGGGUGCCUCUGCAGACAACGUAUUCACUACUUCAGUAGCAAAUGCAGCAUCUAUUUCAGGACAUGUGCUGUCUGGAAGGACAGCUCUUCAAAUUGGAGACAGCUUGAACACUGAGAAAGCCACUCUGAUUGUGGUCCACACAGAUGGCAGCAUCGUAGAGACUGCAGGCUUAAAGGGGUCAUCAGCAUCUCUAACAUCAGGGCCUCAGUCUCCUACUGCUUUAACGUCUGGACAAGAAAAAGCAGGAACAAAAUACAACUGGGAUCCUUCAGUGUAUGACAAUGAGUUGCCUGUGCGGUGCAGAAAUAUCAGUGGGAUCCUGUACAAAAACCGACUUGGCUCGGGUGGUCGAGGACGUUGCAUUAAACAAGGGGACACUUGGUACAGCCCCACUGAAUUUGAAGCCAUGGCUGGAAGAGCCAGCAGCAAGGACUGGAAGAGAAGCAUCCGCUAUGCAGGAAGGCCGCUACAGUGUCUUAUUCAUGAUGGGAUAUUAAAUCCUCAUGCUGCCUCAUGCACUUGUGCUGCCUGUUGUGAUGACAUGAGUCUGAGUGGUCCUGUGAGACUCUUUGUGCCCUAUAAAAGGCGGAAAAAAGAAAACGAAUUGCCCACAACUCCAGUGAAGAAGGAUUCCCAAAAAAACAUCACCCUGCUUCCUGGAACUGCUGCUACUACUUUCACUGUGACUCCUUCAGGACAGAUCACUACCUCCGGCACGCUGACCUUUGACCGUACAUCAAGCGUUGAGGCCACAGCUAUUAUAUCAGAAAGCCCAUCCCAAGGUGAUGUUUUUACUGGUACGUCCGUAGUACAAGACACAAACGUUCAGCAGCCUUGCCGGGUCAGACAUCCAGAGCCUCACUACCCAAGUUAUCAGGACAAUUGUCAAAUCUCCGCAUUCCCAGAAGCAGCACUGCCAACCUCUCAUCCCAAAAUUGUAUUGACCUCACUUCCUGCCCUGGCUGUGCCACCUGCCACCCCCACCAAAACCAUAUCGGCUUCUGUGGUGAAUGGUCUUGAAAUGACAGAGCAGCGGAGUUGGCUGUACCUUGAGGAGACGGUCAACUCCCUUCUCAGCACAGCUCAGCAGCUGAAGACUCUGAUCGAGCAAGCUAAGCAGGCCAGCUCUUCCUACAGAGAAGCGGCUGUCACUCAAGCAAAAAUUCAAGCUGAUGUGGAGAGGAAAGAGCAGUAUCAGGGCCAGUUAUUUCAACAAGCUGAAGAUGUAGAUGGAAAAACAGAAAUCAUCAUUAAGCAAUCCUGUGUAAACUGUGGUCGGGAAGCAAUGAACGAGUGCACUGGCUGCCAUAAAGUCAAUUACUGCUCAACGUUUUGCCAGCGGAAGGAUUGGAAAGACCACCAGCAUAUAUGUGGCCAGGCAGCCACAGUUACUGUUCAGGCAGAAGAAGUGGAUGUUGCAGACAAUGUGAUAGAGAAAGUUAUUGUCUGAAGAGCCCUACCUCUUCCAUCUAUAUGGACAUGUGUAUGGAGCGGACUGGCUGGACCAGUAACCCCGCUGUGAAGUCCUACUGAACUGAACUCAUCAGAAGAUCAAACCGUGAUGUUGUUUACAUGUUGCUGGCCAACUAACUGUUCUCUAACUGUGCCAAAACUGACAAGACACGGAGGGGAGAACGUUUAGGGGCUCUACGUGUUUUUAAGAGAACUCUGGAACUUACAUUAUGUUUACAGUCCUCUGUGUGAAACCGCUGCAAAGCUGAUGGGUUGUUUGAAUUGUUGUAUCCUGCAGCUCUGGUGGGUUCUUUGAAGUGACUGAAAAGGUUAUUUAAAGUGGUUUAUGAGACCUGCUUUCUUUUUAUGUUCCUCCAAAGUGGUCCACAUGAAACUUGAAUUGUUGCCAUUGUUGUUCUCUCCCUACCUCUCAUGUAACAAAACAAAUAUGGAACAGCCCAGCUCUUGAGUGGGUUUUGUGUGCUGACAUUAGGGUAUAUACCUGGACUUUGACUCCUAUCACUGGUUUUAGUUUUGGUUGUUGCAUUCCUCCAUCCCACCCCCUGCAAGACAAAGUUCUCUGACAUAUUCAGAAUUCUGUAUUGUGCAGACAUUGAGCAAACUGCAAAGCAGUCAGAAAACUUCCUGAGUGCAAAUCCAAAUCUGUGGUGUCUGAAUGGCUAUAAACAAUGGUUGAUUUGUCCAGUAUCACCAAAACUUUGAGAUUAUAGCACAGCUAGACCUAGCCAAUUCACACAUACACACACCUCACAUAUAAAAGGCCAGCUCGUCUUGCACGAAACACCCUCUUAUUUACUCCUGAGGAGAAACUGAGAAGACUGCACUGUGUCGUACAGAGGUCACUAUCAUUUUAAUUUUCACACACUUCAGUUUGUUUUCCACCCCCACCCACUUCACUCCAUAAAAUAAAUGAUAACACAUUCUCUCAUAUCUCCCUGCAAGAAAGAGCUCAGCACUAAUCAGUAAUCAAAUCAGUAAAACUAAUACUUUAUAAAGAGUUUACAGCUCUGAUUUCGUGCUGCCAGAAAUAAGUGAAAAGGUGCAGCUGUGCAUUUCACUUUAGGAGAGAGGCUUACAUUCCUGCAAGGGAAUUGAUUUGAAAGCAGCACCUUCCUGAGUGUUGAAAUUGCAGGAUAUAAAAUAGCACUGGUUUUAGGCCAUAUUCGUUCGUAUAAAAGGAAGAACAUUUUUGGGAGUUGGAGGAAUGAGAGAAGCACAAUGAAAUGUUGCUGAUAUUGAUAGCACUUGCCGUUUUCUUUCCAGUGUCUGUCCUGGUCCUCGUAUUUAUUUAUAAAUUUGCAUUAUACUUAAAAAUAAACUUAAUAAAAUAAAUACAGAGUGGCUGCGCACAAUCAGAUGCUCCCCAAAUAGGGUCAUGCUGACUUUUGCUUCAGUGCAGCACUGAAAAGCACAAUGUUACUCUGGCAUUGCAAAGACAUUCAUGAGUGCUUUGCAAAUGCAUUCUAUAUAUAGACUUUCAAUUGCACUUUGGUGUAAUUUUAGGGAGAAAGGUUGUUCUUGAUCAUGCCAAAGAACUCUGUUGCCAGAUUUCCAGUCCUGGCUGCAAAGCUUUGAAAAAUUCUAAGCAAUGAAACAGCCCAUUAGAAAGUCUUAAAUAAAAGCCAAAAAGUGCAUUUUUAUUUCAUCCAAGGAAAGCAGAGCUUUAAAAAACAUGUCUCUACGGUAAAUGAAUUUUUCUUGCACCUUUUGCAGGUUAAAUGUAAUGAGCAGUAUUCUCCUCGGUAGAAAGUGUAAAGUAAGAGGAACUUGUGUCAUCACCAUUUUGGUCCUUAUGCUGAGAGUAAUACAGUUUAUAAUCAGAAUGUGGGGAAGUUCACAUCUGUGUGUACUUGACACACAUCCCACACAAGAGGAAUGCUUCAAUGUCACCUUGUCCAUUUUGUGUUAACCACUCUUAGGGAUAUACAUGGCAAUAACAUUACCUCGGUCUCCAUUUCAGUGGGGUCUUUUGCAAGAAACUUUGGCUUGGUGCCCAGCGCAGUUUCAUGAUUAGCAGUCAAUGCGAGCAAGCAGUAUGUCUCUGGUGUGAGAGGAAGAGGCAGAAACUAAGAAAUGCCCUUAAUUUGGAUAAGGUAGGGGCUUUGGCUUGCUCUUUGAACUAGAAUGUGAGCUCAAGGGUGAAUGGGAAAGAUAUUGGCAAACGCUUUCAACAGGUGUCAUCACUUUGUGGUGAAUCUUGAGCAGUAGGCUAAACUGGGCUUUUGAUCCCAAACCACGAGGCAAAGGGCAAGAUGGCAUCUGCCCAGUUAUAAAAUCAAACAGGACUAGCAAUUGAAACUAACUUGAGCACGGACUGUGGGACAGCAUCCUCUAUCACACCUGGGACAGCAGGAUGUCAAAUGUUUGAUGGUGGGGAGAAAGAGGGAAUGGAGGAGAAGAGGAACGUGUGCCAAUGCAUUUCCUUGGAUGCAGAUGAGGAGACAUGGGAGAGUUAAGCAGGUUGUUGUUGUUGUUUAGUCGUUUAGUCGUGUCCGACUCUUCGUGACCCCAUAGACCAUAGCACGCCAGGCACUCCUGUCUUCCACUGCCUCCCGCAGCUUGGUCAAACUCAUGUUCGUAGCUUCGAGAACACUGUCCAACCAUCUCGUCCUCUGUCGUCCCCUUCUUCUAGUGCCCUCCAUCUUUCCCAACAUCAAGGUCUUUUCCAAGGAUUCUUCUCUUCUCAUGAGGUGGCCAAAGUAUUGGAGCCUCAGCUUCACGAUCUGUCCUUCCAGGGAGCACUCAGGGCUGAUUUCCUUAAGAAUGGAUAGGUUUGAUCUUCUUGCAGUCCAUGGGACUCUCAAGAGUCUCCUCCAGCACCAUAAUUCAAAAGCAUCAAUUCUUCGGCGAUCAGCCUUCUUU